AUGGUUCAGGCUGUGAGGACCUCAUUGCUUCGACCAUACAUUUAUCAAGCUGCAAAGGAAAGAAAUGAUAUGCUCGACGAGGUGCUGUGGAAAGUGUGCGUCGAACGGAUCAAAAUCGAGCCACGAAUCGGUUGCGACGAUGGGGAGGACGUGAGCGAAUCGACGUCACUGAUCGAGGAUGUUGAUGUGAUGGUGAUUGACAAUGCGAAAAUUGAAAUGAGAAAAGAAAUGAAGAAACAAGAAUGGUUUGAGAUGAAAAGUGGCGACGAGAGAAAGAAAAGAAAUGAUAUGCUCGACGAGUUGCUGUGGAAAGUGUGCCUCGAACGGAUCAAAAUCGAGUCG